AUGGCGGCCUUUCGCCUUCGUGCGCGCCCACGGCCCUGCGUGGCCGUCGCCGCUGUGGCCGCUGUGGCCGCCGCCGCCGCGGCCUUCGCGGCGCCGAGCGCGGCGGAGCAGCCGCGGCGCUCGUCGGUGCUGGCGAGCCUGGGUGGGCUGGGCGCGAUGGGCUGGGCUGGAUGGUUGGGAAGUGAGAUGAAGCCUUCAACAGAGGGGCAGUACGAAGAGGCCGUGGUUGGUUUAGGUCUGGGUGCUCCAGACGUGGAAGAUGCCAGUGGCUGGGAAUUGAUCUUCUUCCAGAAGACUUUGGAGGAUAUUGGCCACCGCUGCCCCCGGAACUCGCAGGUGCUCUACCACUACACUGAUUUGCCCAGCUGCAAUGCCAUUGUGAAAGGCCGCCGAGGGCUGCGCCUAUCCAGAGGUGGCUACAAGGGUGGCGGAGUCUUCUUUUCAAAGCGCAGCCCUAUGCAGGAUCUGCCUGUGAGCAACAGGCUUUGGAGGGAGAUCUUCCCCAACUGGCGCACGGAGCAGCUGCGCUCGAACUAUGGGGAAGCCCUGGCCAAGGGCCGGGAGGACAAGGUGGAUGCUGUGCUGGUUUGCUAUGUGCCCUCCAGCAUGUGGGAGGAAGUGGAUGUGGACGAGCGCAAAGACACUGCCUUCAUUUCGCUGGAGAAGUUCGAGACCUUCGCCGCGGAGUACUUCGCUUAUCGCAGACCUCACACUGGUUCCUUCCUGUCGGUGCCCUUGACCGACCCGCUUGGUCCUUGGUCCCUUCGCCAAGCCAUGCGAAUCGAGGCAACAUCCCGAGAGCCUAUCGCUUGGCUGGCUGAGAAAAGGGGAUGAGCUGACGAGCUGACGACACGACUGGUGGGAUGGGCAUAUUAGACUCCCGAUGAGGUGAAGGGUGUUUGAAAAGGGGGUCAAUGUAUGCAACAUCUCCCAUACCAGCACCCUCCAGCACCCUCC